AUGAGACCGAACAGCUCUCUCCGUGCUUGGAGACUUCUCACCAUUAUCACUGCUUACUUCCCAUCCAGCCUAACUUUGAAACCCUACAUUCUUCAAUAUCUCGGAGACAAUGCCGACGAUUGGCAGAGACCGUACCAUGGUACCGCACGAAUUUGCCAAACAAACAUGAUUCAAACGUUCAAGUACGGUGGGCGUAAAGUUCUACUGAAUGCUCUAGAAGUUCAACAGAUUACGGACGGAAGUCAACUGAGACGUCAAGCAUUCUUCAUCUCACGAGAACAUAGUGUCAACCAGACACUUCGUCCAAUUGCAGUAGUCGAGGAGAUGAUUCAGGAACUUUGUAGUCUGUUGAAUGUGAGAUCACUUCAUGAGCAACAAGAAUUCUCGUUGUGCUACACUGUUGGAAAAGGUGGCUCCUUUGAAACUUGCAUUUUUGAAUGGUCCCUAAUUUUAGAAAAACGCCUCAACUACUGCAAGAACGAUAGCUACUUGAUGGACAUCAUCACCGAAUGUGAACACAAGAAACUUCCGUUCCAAUUCCAUCUUAAGCGAACUGUUUGGGUUCACCCGUUACGAUAUGAUAACGCCGCGUACAUUGACUCGAUGUUUGACCAAUUGAUCGACGAUUAUCUGCGCGGAUCACUCAUUUCGACCAACUCGCUGGGUCAAUUGACUGCUGCCACAACAGAGGAGAUUAUCAAAUUAGCUGCCUACUUGUUCCUCCUACUUCCAAAUGAUAAUGCAAAGAGACUUACUGCCCGAAAGAUCAGAGUUUAUGGAGUUACGCAAGACACUUCCUCAAAUUGUACCCAAAAGUGUCAUCGAACCCAAGCAUCGACACCAGGAAGAGAUGGUGACGCGUAUCAAUCGACAACUGAAAAUGUUCGGUGGUCGAAUGUAUUCCCCAAACUACGGGAACUUUUGUCAACAUGGCCUUUGUUUGGUGUCCUGCACUACCGGUUAAAAUCCGUCGUUGAGAAUGGCAACCAAUUGCCAGAGGUGAUUCUGACGAUAAACAAGUCUGGAAUUCAGUUACUGCAACCAAAAUCAAGAGAGGUUUUUAAACAGAGAAAUUAUGAUCAGGUACUAAUGACCAUUGAAUCGGUCGAAAGUAUUCGGAAGACUGCGUACAGAAUUGUCCGAUUGGUGAUAAACACCCCGGAGGGUGAGGAAGCAUUGGACAUCAAAACGGACGAGGCCGACGAAAUUUCUCACUUGAUUGGUCAAUACAUGUUUGUGACUGGCGGCGUCGAAGAUCGGGACCGAGGGUCGUCAACGGAGCUGUGA